CCACCACGGACUACGACGACGACGAUAGAGAGGGUGAUUGCGCAAGACGACGGGGUUUCUGUGUGAUUGCUAGCGAGAAUCGCAAGUUUGCGUACACUACCUGCCUGCGACUAGAGGGAUCGCUGCCGCUGUUGCUGGUGCCUGAGCCACACACACACACACAAGCGCCCCCACGGCAACGCGCACGCCGACACCACACACUACACACCACCGUACGCACACACGCACGCAAACGACCGCAAUGGCACGCACGACACGCGCCGCCGCGCGCGCGCAGCAGGCAGCCGACGAGCCCGAACCCGAGCCUGAGCCGCAGCACAACGAGGCCGGCGACGCUGUCGCAUCCACCGCCGCCGCCGCUGAGAACGACAACGACGACGCCAAUGCCGAAGAGCCCACUACGCCCGUUGCCGCCACGCCCAUCGCUGCCGCUCCCACGCGCAGGCGCAAGACGAGAGCGCAGCCUGAAGCCGACGAGGGCGAGGAAGCAGCUGAGAAUUUAGAGGAGCCGCCCGCCGUGCUCGAGGACAGGCGCCAGGCGGCCGGGAGCCCGGCGUCGGAUGCUGCGGUCGAGGAACUGCGCGAGGAGGGGUACGGCGGCGAGGAAGGUGCCCCCGUCGUCCCGCAUACGCACCAGAUCCCCAUGCGCGACGAAGUCCCGGCCGCGACGCCGCGCGCGGUGCGCACGACUAGGCGGCAGCUUGCGCAAGCAGCGCAGGCUGCGGAGGAGCUGGCUGAGCCGGCUGAGAUGGAGGAGGAGGAAGAGACAGCACAGCCGGUGAAGAGGGCGCGGUCGACGAGGGGCAGGAAGAAGGCGCAGAAGGGUGAGGAGAAGGAGGCAGAGGCGGAGGUCGCGGAUCCAGAGGCGGCGGCAGAGGUAAAGACUGAUGAGCCCGCGCCGGUGAAGACGCCGCGACGGGCAAGGUCGACGCGCAAAUUGAAGACGGCGGCGGAGCCGGAGUCUGAGGCUGAGGCUGAGGCUGAAGCUGUGCCGGAACAGCAGGCGGAGGAACCGGUCCCUGCGAAGACGCCCAGGCGGGCGCGCUCGACGCGGAAGCUGAAGGCCGCGCCUGCGCCGGAACCUGAACCCGAACCUGAACCAGAGGCUGAGGCCGAGGUUGAGGCAGCGGCAGUGGCCGCGCCGGAGACGGAAGCCGAAGCCGCCCCAGAAGAGCAGGCAGAAGAAGCGGCAGCAGUCCCAGCCCCAGCAAAGACGCCCAAGCGUGCGCGCAAACUGAAAGCCGCAAAGGAGCCCGAGGUUGAGCCCGAGGUUGAGCCCGAACACGAAGACUUGCCUGAAGCUGCUGCUGUUACUGUUGCUCCCGAAGCCAACCCCGAGCCAGAGACAGAAGCCUCCGACGCCGCAGCCGGCGCGCAGCAAGAUGGAGCUGAGCCCGCCGUCCCCGCCAAGACGCCCAAGCGGACGCGCUCGACGCGUGCGCGGAGGGGCGCGAAGAGGGGUGAGGGGGAGGAGGGGGAGGUGGCUGCAGACGCGGACGCUGGCGCGGGCGCGGGUGCUGAGGCUGAGGAGGAGGUGAAGCCCGCUAAGACGCCUGCGAGGGCGAGAUCGACGCGGGGGAAGAAGGCGGCGCAGAAGGUUGGGGAUGACGGUGAUGAUGUGGUGGCUGCUGAGGUGAAGACGCCGGGGCGGACGAGGUCGACGAGGGGGAGGGGGAAGGCGAUGGAGGAAGAGGGGGAGGGGGAGGUGCAGGUGCAGGUGCAGGUUGAGCCUGAGGUGCAGGUGGAACAGGCGUCGGAGCCUGUGGUUGAGCCUGAGCCUGAGGUUGAGCCUGAGGUUGAGCCUCAGGAGACCGUCGAGACCGAGGAGGCUGCUCCCCAAGGAACUGAGCUCGAGGAGCCUGAACACCAGGUGGAGGAUGUCAUCCCCGAGACCCUCCAGGCUCCUGUGGAGCAAGAGCUGGAAGCGGCGCAGUUGGAGGCUGCGGAUGUUGCGGAGGCUCGGGAGCAGGCAGAGCUUGCCCAGCCUGUCGAAGCUGCCGAUGCUGUUGAAGCUGCAGCGGAGACGGCUUCACAGUCAGACGACAUCACGGAAUCCGAAGAGCCUGCCACCAGCGUUGGGGCUGCGGAGACGGUCGAGAGCAAUGAGAUUACGGAGCCGGAAGAGGAGGUGGAGAUCUCCGAGCCUGCUGAGGACGAGUCUGCGCCGCUCACUGAGUCUAUGACUUCGGAGGCACAGCCCUCUACCGAAGAGCUUGAGAGCUUUGAGCAAGAUACCCCUGCGGAUUCAGCCAGUAUGUCUGAAGCAUCUGCGCGCCCUGAAAGCUCUAUGGAGGCGACAGAAGCUUCCGAGAAUCAUGUCGAGGAGGCACAGAAGCCACAGCAGGCGGACACUACCCCCGCGGCACCUGCGCCCUCAUCAGCCGCUCCCGCCAAGGGCAAGCCCACGAAGCCUCGCCCUACCAGCGUCACCGCCAAGCCCAAGGUAGGCAGCCGGCCCACGGCAGCAGCACCCAAGCCCAGCACCGGGAAGAAAAUCGCUGCCGUGCCUUCGUCCAAGCCCGCCCCCGCAGCAAAACCACCAACCGCCUCCUCAUCCACCAGCACAGCUCCGCGAGGGCGCUCCACCAGCGCCACCGCGCCCCGCGCAACCUCAGGCCCACACCAACCCACCAAGCCACGCGAGCCAGGCAAAGUAGUCGACUACCUGGCGCUGAAGCGGCGGCCCGUCAGCGUGUCGUUCCCGCCGCCGCCGCCCCCGCCCAAGUCCUCCAAGCCGCCCACCGUCUCGACCUUCAAGCUGCCCGGCGAGAUCGUGGCCGAGAAGCUCAAGGCCGCAAAGGAGGAGCGCCUCAAGCGCGAGCAGGAGAAGCAGUCGCUCGACGCGCGCGCCAAGAAUGCAGACGACGCGCGCCGCAGGGCUGAGGCCAGGAAACAUGAGUUCAAGGCCCGCCCCGUGCCGAGCUUCGUGCGCGGCGCGCCGGAGUCGGCGCCUAGACUGAACGCUGCGGCCGCGGCGAGGCUGAGCCUCGCGCAUGGUGGUGGUGCUGCUGCUGGCAGUGGUGAUGCGGCCGCAGCCGCCUCAAGCACCAGCUCCAGCUCCAGCGCCAUCAACAACCCCCUCAAGCGCACGGCCUCGCUCUCCACGCGCGACAAGGCCGGGGCUCCCACCGACGCGGGAAAGCGCCCCAGCACCCUCGGCGCGAAACGCAGCCUCGCGCUGCCGGCUCGUCCUGUCCCAGCUGGUGGUGCGCCGAAGCAGCAGAAACAGCGCGCGCCGCCCCCGCCAUCCGGCGGCUUCUCCUUCUCUGCGCCGCGCGCCUCCAGCGCGCUGUCCACCUCGACGAGCGGGACGGGCGGCGGCGGCAGCGCCGCGGGGUCGAGCGAGGGGGGCGGCGCCAGCAACAACAACAACACUACUAACACCACUGCCACUGCCACUGCCACUGCGAGCGCGCGCCCCGGCCCCGUCACGAAAUCCACAGUCACGGCUGCCGACCGCACCGCGCAGAAGCAAAAGGCGCGAUCGAUUUUCGCGCGCGAGAAAGAGGAGAAGGAACGCGCGGAGGUGGCGAGGCGCGAGAAGGAGGAGGCUGCGCGGCGGGCGAGAGCGGAGGCCGCCGAGAGGGGGAGGCUGGCUAGUCGGGAGUGGGCGGAACGGAUGAAGCGGAAGGUUGCUGGGGGUGCUGGUGGGGUGGGCUGGUUUAGGUGCGUAUGUGCGUGCGUACUUGUUGGGUUGUUGGGUUGUUGGUUUGUUGGGUUGGGGCUUGAUUGUUUGAUUUGCUUUGUGGGAUGAGAGCCUCUGGCUUGGUUGGUUGUUGACUUGUUGUUUAGUAUACUUUUUACACGCUUGUUUUCUUUUCCCUUCUACUUUUGACUGCUUUCUUGCUUUCUUGCUUGCUUGCUUCCUUGCUUAGCACUCCCUAGGGGCGUGCCUGCGUACCUGCGUAUCUGGCUGCUUGUCUAGCUG